AUGGAGUCCAUCGAAUGGUCUUUUGUGAGUGUAAACCAUCCGAAAAGCUCAUCCGGUCUGGGGCUUCAGAAGCAGCCAGACGUCUGUGAAUGCGGCUUUCAGACAAACCUGAUGGAGCGAUCUGAUUCUGGUGGACAACUGAAAAUGCCAUUGAGACAGCAAACUACCCAAAGUGUGCUGGCAAAAAGUUUGGAUGCACCAAAUUCCCGGUCUUCCUCAAAGAUUGUUUUCUCGUCGAAGCGAGUGCAGGACUGA